CGGAGCUAAUUGGUUUGUGAUUUCAAUCAAGCUGGCGAAGUAUUUCCGCCAACGCGAUGUGGGUCAGGCUGACAGCCGAGGGGAUUCUGGGUGCUGGUCGUUUCAAGCGGCUGGUGCCGUCCCUGACAUUGGUAUGCCGAGCGAUGAUGCGGUGGUGAUACAGAAAGGAAAGAAACAGGGUGACCCGUUUGUAAUCACGGUCAAUUGUCCGGAUAAAACUGGGUUAGGUUGCGAUAUCUGUUGGAUUAUUCUUGAUUUUGGGAUCUAUAUUGUUAAAGGAGAUUUUACGACAGAUGGAUCAUGGUGCUACAUAGUGUUAUGGGUUUUUCCUCAUUCAACUGCACCGACCGUAAGAUGGUCAAAUGUAAAAGAGCGCCUCCUAGCUGUAUGUCCGUCAUUUUCUGUAUCAGCUUACUUAAAUGAGGCACCCCCCCAUCCUGUGGCUUCUCCAGUGUACCUAUUUACAUUUUGCAGCACUGAUCGGAAGGGAUUAUUACAUGAUGUCACUCGAGUUCUGUGUGAGCUUGAGCUUAUGAUCCAGAGAGUUAAAGUGACAACAACCCCUGAUGGCCGUGUCAUGGAUCUAUUCUUUAUUACAGAUAACCUGGAGCUAUUACAUACGAAAAAGAGGAGAGAUGACGCAUGUGAAAAAUUGCAUGCCGUUUUAGGUGAAUCUUGCACAAAUGUCGAUAUUCGGUCAGCAGGUUAUAAGCAUGAUGGUGUCCUAGCUAUCUCUUCUCUUUCUCUGACGGCUGCUGGAGAAUUAUUUAAGACGGAAUUAUCAAAAAAGGAAGAUCAUUCACAUGCUCUUAGUGCGGAUGUGAAGAAGUUGAAGAGGGCCAAUGUCCUUAUUGAUAAUUCCUUGAGCCCAGCUCAUUCCCUGCUUCAAAUUCACUGUGUUGAUCACAAAGGUUUUCUGUAUGACAUCAUGCGGGUAUUGAAAGACUUUGAUAUACAGAUAGCUUAUGGGCGAUUCUCACCAGUUAACGAGGGGCAUCGCGAACUGGAUCUGUUUAUCCGGCAAAGGGACGGUUUAAAGAUUGUGAACAUUGAGAAACAAGAGAAACUGAUAUCUCGUUUAAAAUUGGAAAUGCUUCACCCGUGGCGAGUUGUGAUAAGCAAUCGUGGACCAGAUAUGGAACUACUUGUUGCUAAUCCAGUUGAGUUAUCAGGAAGAGGACGACCACAGGUUUUCUAUGAUGCGACACUCGCCCUCAAGGUUCUUGGGAUAUGCGUGUUCUCGGCUGAGAUUGGAAGAUAUUCAACUGAGAAUGGAGAAUGGGAAGUGUACAGAUUCCUACUGGAGGAGAACUGCAAAUACAAACUGGGAAGCAUGGUGGUUAGAACUCAGAUUGUGGACAAGGUCAGAAGAACCCUCAUGGGUUGGUCAUUUUAGAUAUUAUCUGCAUUGCUGAAAUUGUUGUUGUACUAACAUCACAUACUCAUUUUAUAUUUGU